AUGGCAGCGGCGAGAUGGGCAAAGCUUUGUGCUCAAGAAGAUCUCAUCGCUUCCGCACAGCCAAGACAUAUAACCCCUCUGGAGAGGAACUCAUGCCUUGGCAAGCGUGGGCAUUAUAUUCGCUAUCUUCUCCUGGUCGUGCUUAUUUUAGUAUUUGCUGUUGUUUCGAAGAACUUCUGGGGUGCCUACUUUGCUAGAGCUCUCUGGAAUUUUAUGCCCAGUGGUCCAGGAGGCUCGGGUGUCAAUCUUGCCAGAAAUCAAGCACGUCAUCUACAAACCAUCGUAGACUCUCCCUCAGACCCGAAUGAUACUAGUAACACCAAAGCCACUAAUAAGUAUUUUGAUAUUGUCUCGUUUGAUCCGCGAGGAACUGGUUUUACGACUCCUGCUUUUAUAUGCUUUCCCGAUGCUGCUCAACGAAUGAACUGGAAUGUCGCUUCGGACGCGGAAGGAAUGUUGGGGAGCUCCAGUGUAGCCUUUAAACUUAUGUGGGCGAGAAAACACGCCCUUGCUGAUGCUUGCUAUACACGGAUGGGUGUUGAUGAGAAUGGGGAGGAUGCAUUAGGAGCAUAUAUGGAUACACCUAUUGUUGCAAUGGACAUGAAAGCGAUAAUUGAAUCUGUAGAUAAGAUUCAGUACUGGGAUUUCUCGUAUGGAACUCUGCUAGGCACGACAUUUGCAGCUAUGUAUCCAGGCUUUGUUGGUCGUAUGGUUCUUGAUGGCGUGGUUGACGCUGAUCGCCAUUACGCCGGCACCUGGGAUGGGAACCUCGAAGAUGCUGACACCAUCAUAAAUAAAUUUUCUGAGCACUGUUUUGAAGCAGGUCCCGAACGCUGCGCUCUAUACUCCAGUAGAGGCUCAGAACACAUUCACGAUCUUUUAGACGACAUCAUCGCUUCCGUCACAGAUGCUCCCAUUCCAGUAUCUGUUUCUGACGUACGUGAACCCGAGAUUAUCACGAGUAGCGAUGUGAAAGGUGCAGUCCGUUUAGCCUUAUACUCACCAUUCGAAGAGUUUGAGGGACUGGCAAGGAUCUUUUAUGAUGUUUCCCAAAGAAAUGGAACACUUCUUGCAAAUUCCAAGUCGAUUGAAUAUGCAUGGCAGGAUCUUCAGCCACGAUGUCGUUCGAGUGAUUCAUACUCCUCAUAUUGCUUCUCGCCCCCUAUCGACUAUGCUGAGGAGGUUGUUGGAGCCAUCUCGUGCUCUGAUGGGCCAGACCAAUCUAAUAUGACUGCCACCGAUUUCCUGGAAUAUUGGCAGCGAGUAAGGGAGGAGAGUAUUUAUUUAGGCAAUCGAUGGGCAAAAAACCGGAUGUUGUGUGCUUUUUGGAAGCUCAGACCAAAACUUACAUUUCCAGGCCCCAUCGAAAGCUCAACCUCGGAGCCAAUUCUAUUUGUCUCGAAUACCCUGGAUCCUGUCACAUCUCUUGCGAAUGGUCAAAAUAUGAGUAAAAGAUUCAAUGGAUCGAGACUUUUACAGCAAGAUUUAGAAGGUCAUUUAUUCCUCUCGACGCCUUCGAUCUGCAGCGCUAGGAUUGUGAGGCAAUAUUUUCAAACAGGUGCACUUCCAGAAAUUGGAACAAUAUGCCCUGUGUAUGAUAGAGCAUCUGGCUUAUCUGGCGAGGGACGUUCAACUACCAUGAAAUAUGGCGAUGAAAUUUUGCUUAAGGCUUUGAGGGCUAUAGCCACUAGUAUGUGGUGA